GCGGGGAGCGCAGUUACCGCCCCUCCCGGCCGCGCUCUUGCCUUCCGAUCCCUCUGCGAUGCUACUGUUUGCAGUGAUGCUCGGAGGGCAGGCACCUGCUGCUCUGUAAUGAUUCAGCCCCUUUCAGCCGUCGCGUUAACACAACAGGAUGCUGUUGCUACUGUCACUGCUGCCUCUCCUGCCGCCGCCGCUGCUGCCGCCGCCGCCGCCGCCGCUGGUCCUGCUUUUGCUUUUACUUCUCCUGCAUGACAGUUGUUUUCUCCAUCUGAGCAGACAGCAGCUUCAGAUGCUCGAGGUGAGAAACAUGCCUUUCAGUUUGGGCUACUGGUUUACUUAA